UUCUGAGACAAUAAAACAAUGUUACUUGAAAAUUUAAAUUAAGAAGUCAACAAUAGCUUUGAUUUGGUCUGAAUAUAAGAAAGCGAAACCAAAAUGCCUAAUAAGCAUGAUGACACGUUUUGAAAAACUAUCCUAUAAUGUUCGAAAACAUACAUUAUUUACAAUCAAUACCAUAUUUUUGGUUUCAGUUAAGUUUUAGUAGGAAAAGAGGACAUUUUAGUUUUUAGAUUUAAAAUUCGCACCAAAACGCAAGCCAGUGUCAUGGCGUCGCUGGUGACGUCACGGUUGAGUAGUGUAAAACGUCAACACAGUUUUUUGUUUAAGCUCAAUAAACAAUUUAAUAAUUUGCGAUUCUGAAUAUGAAUUCGAAAGUGUACAGAUGGUGUGCGGUCCCGCAGUGUGAGAACACUUCAAUAAAAACCCCAAACAAGUUAUUUGUGUUCGUUCCGCAAAAGAAAAACAUACGAGACAAGUGGCUUAGACUUGCAAGGCGAGAUACAACAGCGAUAUUGCCUAGCACUCACCUUUAUUUCUGUGAAGAUCAUUUUGACAUGCCAAAUGAUAUGGAGAACUAUAUGGAAUAUCAUUUGAUGGGAUCAGUGUCGCAGAUCCGCAUGAAACCCGGUUGUAUGCCCACAAGAUAUCAUUGCCAACCAGAUAGAAGAAAAAGAACAUCUGAUGGUCCAGACCGAUUAUAUAUUCUUAAAAAACAAAGAAAAACUUUGAUCAAAGAGUGUGAAAAAGAUUUAGAAGAAAGAACUGUUGCUACAAAACAGGUGGAACUUGGAGAAACUUCACCUGGAAGAUCAGAUUUUCACAAUAGUCAAGUUUUAGAAUACAGGAUAAAAUUGGAAGAGGAAAUUUGUGGUGAUGCCCCGGAGAAAAAUGAACCGUUAUUUCAAGUGGACGUAGACAUGGAACGCGAAAGCGAGCCGUUCAUCAAAGAUGAAAUCAAAAUGGAGGAGGAUCACCCGCAAUGCCACAUUUGUCUCAGCGUCGGUCGGAAGAUGUUUCCGAUACGCAAAUACGAAGAAAUCUAUAAGAGGUUACUGUACGACGAAUAUCAGGACCACGGUGAUGUUACAUUCGACACGACGCUCGUCUGUUGGGAGUGUAACGCGUUGCUGCGGAACGUCGAACAGUUUCAGAAUAGAAUCAGACAGGCUAACGAGAUGCUGCAGAUGCAACAAAAUAUAGUCUCGCUAUCCAGUUUGACGACAGUUGUGUUCAGUGACUCGCAUCCAAACGGUAUAUACUUGUCAGAGGAAAAUACACGACACCAGAUGAACAGCGAGAACGAUGACCAAAUCAAAGAUCACGGCGGCACGUCUGACAAAGAGUCUAAAGGUGAAGACGAACCACUAGAAGAACUAACAAACGAAGAAGAAGAAAUACCUAAAGAGAAAACGGUCGAUAGGAACAAAUGGGCAAAGAGACGUGUGCUUGUAAACAGAGAACCUAAGUUCAGAAUGAUUGAAGAUUUUAAUGAAAUGUUCAAGAAGGUUUCGUUCAGUAUUAAGAUAUUGCAAGAGGUUUUAGAAGAACGCAGGAAACAGGAGUGUUAUACGAAUAGCGAGUUCAGAUGUUCGUCGUGUAUACAAAGAUUUGAUAAUAGAGAAGCUUUGAUGGAACACAACAUUCAGUAUCACGAUAAGAGCGUCGGCAUGUACGUUUGCGACAUUUGCCGAUCGAGGUUCACCGACGUACAGACUCUGUCGUCACAUCUGUUCAGCCAUUACUACAUGUUUUACUGCAAGCUGUGUGACUACAAGUGCUACAGCGAGGACGAAACGAGAAGCCAUGCGCGUGCGCAGCACGGGAGUAAGGCGAUGGAGUGUCUCAAGUGUAACGGACUGUUCAGCGCUCGUCGUGAGUUCUACAAACAUUACAGAGACGUCCACGAGACGCACAUCUGUGACUAUUGUGGGCUAAGAUACAAGUUGAAGGACAGUCUCAUUACCCAUAUAAGGAAAAAACACUCAACACGAGAGUGCAAUAUCUGUAAGAAGACAUUCUCCCGUUACAACAGCCUGUGGCUACACAACAAAGUGCACCACGGACCGCCAUCGGCGACGGCUUACUGCGUCGAGUGCGAUGCCGAAUACGCCGACACGUAUCGCUACAAGUGGCACUUGGCGAACAGUGUUAGACACAGGCCGAGGGAGGCUGUGAGAGUUCCUUGUCCCGGCUGCGAUAAAGAAUUUUCAAAGAAAAUCUACAUGAAGAACCACUACGAUCUCGUCCACCUGAAGCUUACCAAGUUCAAAUGUGACGCGUGUCAAAAGUAUUUUGGAAGAAACGCCGAUCUUGCAAAACAUCGUCGACGAGUCCACGAAGGUGUCCAACCGCCCAAAAACAAGAUCUGUCAUAUUUGUGGACGGGGAUUUACCACCAACAAGAUCCUCGCCAACCACACGCGCACGCACACGCAGCGUCAGCUCGUGUGCGCACAUUGUCCCGCACGCUUCGCGCACAAACGCGUGCUGGCGUCGCACAUGAGGGCGAUGCAUCCCAGCUGAACUAUACGUUAAACAGUUUCGUUUACUGAAGAAUGAUUUUUGUUCAAUCGACGGCUUGGAUAAUAAAU